CAUGUUGUUGCACUACAGGUUCUGUGCAGUUUCCUUGCCAGCCUUCCACAUGCUGAGGGUAUAAGCUGUUAUUCAUGCCUCGAGUAUCCAGGCUCCAACCAAGCAUGCAGCAACCCUGCUAUAAUUCAAUGCGGACCCUAUUACGACUCUUGUGUAGCUAUGAACGUUACAUCCAACAUAAUGGGGAUUCAUUCUUCAGCAGCCUUGAAAAACUGCUCGAUAUCUAACCCUCAGUGCAACUCAAGCUACGUCUGUGGCCUAGUGAACAGCUCCAUAUCUCAAUCCAGUGGAACCCUACUCUCAUGCUCAUUGAACUGUUGCUAUGGAGAUCUGUGCAAU